AUGGACAACACCAAGGUAUCAGGCUCAGACACGGCGGAUGCGGGCAUAGUAGACCGGGCGAAAGACUUCUGGCAUGGUCUCAGCGUGGGUGGCCAAGUCGGUGUCCUAGUCGGCUCUGUCGCAGCAGCAAUCAUCCUCAUCUUCUUGAUCGUCGUCAUGUACAUAUACGGCUACUACCCCUUCGCUCACAAGUGCUGGAACUGCAGGAAGCGAGUCCGCAGCAAGGACACGGUCUGGGUACCUCGAGUGGUACCGAAACAGACUGGAGCUUUAAAGAAGGACGAUCCCAAGAGGGUUUGGGAUUGGACUAAGAGGGCCAUUGAGACGGACAAUGAGGGCAACAGCAAGAUCUACAUGUGCUCGCCGGCGAAGGGGUGCGAUGGUAGAAAUCUCCUAGGCAUGUUGUUCGGCCGAAAGAGUAAGAUGCCAGAGGACCCUGACGAGAGGUUCAUCAGGGAUAGGGUCAUACCCCAUAGAUAG